AUGGCGUCUUCAAUAUUAGCCCAGAGCAGCAGCACAGGCGUUCCUGUAGAUACUGUCGGCAACUUGGUAACCGGAGCAGCCAGUGCCACAUCCACAUCGGUGGAGGCCACUGUCUCCAGUUUGCAUAAUACGCAUUUGAAUCAAUUGAGCAGCUUGAGUCAGCACUAUACAACGCCAUAUCACCAUCAUCCAUCACAUCAUUACCACCACCAACAGCAGCAGCAGCAGCAGCAGCAGCAGCAACACCAGCAACAGUAUCACCAGCAGCAGCAGCAACACUCCCAGCAGCAGCAGCAGCAAUACACCCAAGAACAGCAGCAACGUUGGGACUACUAUGCCAGGCAGCAGCAACAGCAGCAGCAGCAGCAGCAGCAACAGGCAGCGGCCGCCACCAACGGCAACACAACCAGUAGCUCCAACACCAAUCCCAGCAGCAACAACAACAUCAACAACAGCAGCAGCAACAGCAACGACAGCAGCAGCAAUCCUACGGUUCCAGCCCCCUUGGGCAGCAGCAGCAAUGGCAGCAAUAAUAACCAUGCUAGCGUUGCCGCCAGCAAUCCUGGCCAGCAGCAGCAGCAGCAGCAGCGGCACACUGAUGCCAAUGCCCUUUCCGCCGCCUCCGCCGCAGUAGGAAGUCAAGCCAACAAUACCAACAAUACAAAUACCAGCAACUCCAAUUCCAAUUCAAACGGCAGCUAUACACGUCCCUGGGAAAUGGAGUCCAAGGAUAAUGGUCCACAGCAGCAGCCCCAGCAGCAACAGCAACAGCAGCAGAUGAAGAGUGGCUUUGAACCCUUCUCUAAGCUGCCCUCGUUCCAGAGUCAGUUCCAUGGCUUUAAUGAGCUGCUGCCAGAUGGAACACCCAUGCCAGUGCCCAUAGGAGCAGUGCCGGGAGCAGUGCCAGGAGGACCUGCAGCAGCAGCAGCAAUUGCAGGACCCGCACCAGGACCCACAACUAUGAGCUCCCUGCAAACGGUGGCCAUGUCGCCGGCCAGCAUUUCGGUGAGCUCGCCGGGCAUGAUGAGUGUGGGUUCACCUUUGACCCAGCUCUCGAGUUUGCAGGCCAGCAUUACGCCACCAUCGGCGGGCAGUUUUCCGGCGCCACCGCCGCCGAAUGCCUUUGCCCAUCAUCAUGCUCUCAAUCCGCAUCAUCAUCACAGGACCAGCGCUGGGUAUCCUUAUGGAGAGAUACCUCUGUAUCCGGGUUUCACGCCGCUGAGCGUGAAAAAGGAAGCCGGAGCGGUAACGGGUGGCAGCGAUUUUGAAAUGCUGCUAAAGAAGGAGGACUUUGAUCUCAGCCACAGUGGCGUUGGCGGUGGCCUGAUCCACCAUCCGCUGCAGCAUGUGUCCCAGCAGCAGCAGCAGCCAGGACAUCAUCCCAUACCGAUGGGCAUGCACACACCAACGUCGUAUGAUGGAAAUAAUAGCAACACCAGCUAUCCGCAAGCGGCGAGUGGCAGUGGCAGUGGCAGCCACACACCGCACACCACGACCCAGCCCACGCCCACCACCACGACACCGGUCAAGGCCGAGAAGCUGCUCCAGUCUCCAAUAGCACGUCUGGAGGCCAGAAAGAAAGAACGGCGGAAACAGCGGCCCAAUUCGUUGGAGUCCAGUGCCGAGAGCGAGGCCAGCGGCAUGGACGUAGACCCAAGCAAUCCUGGCCAAGUGGAUGCCGUCUCCAGCACGGCCAACUUUAAGAGUCCGUUGAGUGCUCUAGGAAUGGGGGAUAGCAACGAUGCCAAUGCCAGUGGAUGUGACAAGCAGGACUACGGUCGUCGCCACCAUCUUCCGCCACCCACACUGCCCCCGCCAAUUACCGCCCACAACCACCAACGCACCCACCACCCCAUACACCAACACCCCAACCAACAACAACAACAACAACAACACCAACAACAUCCGCACAACCACAACCACUCCAACGACAACAACUCCUCUUCCUGCUCUCUCUUUCAGUCGAAGAAGAAACGCAAGCGUUGCGGCGAAUGCGUGGGAUGCCAGCGCAAGGACAAUUGCGGCGAAUGUGCUCCCUGCAGGAAUGACAAGAGCCAUCAGAUCUGCAAGCAACGUCGCUGCGAGAAGCUAACCGAGAAGAAGAUUGUUUAUGGAGCCGAUGGUCAGCCCGUUCGACCGGACUCGAAGCGCGGCCGGGGCAAAGGCAAGUCCUCUGCCGCCGGGAAUAGCGCGGGAAGCGCCACAGGUAUCGCCGCCGGCAAUGGGACACCAACAACUGGGUCACGCGCCCGCAAAAACUCCACCAAAGCAAACAAACUGAAUGCAGCAGCUGCAUCAGCAACAUCGCCUCGUCUAAGUCCAGUGCCGGCAGCAACACUGUUGCCGCAGCAAUCGCCAAAUACACCAUCAGUAGCCGCAGCAGCAACAGGCAAUCUGCAGCAUCAGCAACAGCAGCAGCAGCAGCAAUAUCAGCAGCACCAGCAACUAUUGUCGCAGCAGCAGCUCCUUUCGCAGCAACAGCAGCAGCAGCAGCAAUACCAACAGCCGCAGCAGCAACAGCAGCACUUCCAGCAGCAGCAACACUUGCAGCAGCAGCAGCAACAGCAGCACGCACAGCAGCAGCAACAUUUGCCACAGCAGCAGCACCAGAUAACCGCACAAAUCCAAACCAUGAAGGAUCAACCGCAACAACCCAUGGCACCCAUGGCCUUCUAUCCCACAUGGCAGGCGGAUCCAUCGCAGGGCUGGCAGAACCAGUUUAUACAGCAGAUACCACAGAACACACCGGCCAUCACGUCCCUGAACUCACUGGACUUCCAGACGCAAUCCUAUGCCUAUCCCUCGAACGGUUAUGUGCAGUCGGGCCUGGGUUUCGAUCCCAACUAUGGACGAUCGCCGUAUGCGGCGCCUGUGCAACGCUAUGACUUCCAGAGCCAACAGUUGUCCACGGGUCCCCAGGUGGGUCUCCAGAGUGUGGCGGGUUUUGCGCCCAGUUAUGCCGGCCAGGUGACAGCAGCUCCAGUGCCGCCUUCGCAGCAGCAACAGCAGCAGCAGCAACAACAGCAGCAGCAGCAGCAACAUUUGGGAGCGGAACUGAACAAGACGAUGUCGGGAAACGACACGCCUGGAUAUCCGCGGGUGAGCAGCGUGCCGCCGCGCUCACUCAACUGUAACGGGUAUUCAGGCGAUUUCAGCGGUUCCAACAACACAACCACCAGCAAUUCCAGCUCCAGCAACAACCCCAAUAACAGCAACACCAGUAACUCAAAUCCCAGCAAUCCUGCCCCGGUCAGCGGUGGCACCACCACACCAGCACCGCCAGCGAUAGCAGUGCCCCAGCCCGCCUCUUCGGUGGAGGCAGUGCCACAGUCGCCCACCCGCAGCAGCCUCCUCCAGCAGCAGCAGCAUCAAUCCCCCACAGGAAAUGGACUGCAGCCCUAUGUGGCUCCAUCGCAGCAGCAGCAGCAACAGCAGCAGCACAUUGCCUCGCCGCCAAUGCAGGAUUGGAACUGGAAUGCCCAGCAGCAGCAGCAACAGCAGCAGGUGGGUGAGGGCUAUCCUCAAGGCGAGCGGGUGCAUCUCAACACUCGCAUCAAGUCCAUGAUCAUGCGCAAGAGUGAUCCCAAGGAUCCGCCGCCGGAUCUGCAACAGCAGCAGCAGCAGUCAGUGCAGCAGCAAGUGCCGCAACAGCAGCAGCAGCAACAGCAGACCGGUCAUUUUUUAUCGUAUAGCCACCAUCUCCGACCCGAGGCGGCGCUGAGCGCCAAUGGGCCGAGCAGUGUCACGCCCACCCAUCCACAUCCACUGCCCCUGCAGCAGCAACAACAGCAGCAGCAGCAGCAGCAGCAGCAACAGCAGCAGCAAGUGCAGCAACAGCAGCAGCAGCAGGUGCAGCAAGUGCAACAAGUGCAGCAAUCAGUUGGUGGAGCGGUGACACCUGCCGAACCCAUCGGAGGUGGUGGCGAUCACAUCUGGAAGCCGCAUCACAGUAACUCCUUUAAGAAACCAUCCGUUGUGAGCGGCUAUCCCGAGCUGCAGCAACUGCAGCAACACCAGCCAGGACAGCACACGACCAUCAGCCAUGCAUCGGAUCCGCCGCAAUCAUUAGCCACACCCGCCACGAAUCCCAUCCAGACGGUGGUGGCGCCGCCCAAGAAAUCACGCAGCCGGAGCAAGGCCAGCCGGGCGGCGGCAGCAGCGGCGGCGGCAGCCGAAGCAGCGGCCGAAAUCGAUCGAGAUCGAAACUCCACAGAUCCCGGAGGUGGUGGAUCACUCAAACCACUCAGUGCCCACUACCCGCCGCAUCCACACGGUGCCGGACCGGUGCCGCCUGGUCAGGACUACCAAGGGCACUACAUCAAGACGGAGCCGGGACUGCUGGGACAGCCUAAUAAGAUGGAGGGCUAUGAGCGUAACUACCAGAACUUCAUCCAAUACGCUGACUUCUGCCAAAACGAUGGCCAGGGUCAGCCGGUGCAGCAGCAUCAUGGUCAUGGACAGCAAGACUAUGCCGGUUACCAUCACAAUUCCGCUUAUUACGGUGCCGGAGCGAGUAGCUUCCAGCAGAACUUCCAGCAGAAUUUCGUGCCCGGCUACCAGCACUCCACGUACGGGAGCAGGGCGAAACCGCCAAGUAAUCAGCCUCAGAUCCAUCAGAUUCACGGCCAUGGUCAGAGUCUGAUGGAAUUGGAUCGCAAGCCGGAUACCAAUAGCAUCAUACCACUGCCCACGAACUACGAGAAGGAUAUACCGGCAUAUCCCAUACCGCCACACCGGUAUGCCCUUGGGCAUGGAGCUCCACCGCAUCUCCAUGGUCAUCAUGGUAUGCUGGAACCCAAGCUGGAGGAUAUGGGCAUGCUGGGUCAUGGAGGAGGUUAUGCCUAUUUGGGGAGUGAAGGAAAACCCUUGAAUAAUGGCUUCUCCUGCUGUCGCCAGGGGGGCACACGACCACCCACAGCAGAGCAUCUCAAGGAUGGCACCUGCCUGGGCUUGGGUAUACAGCCCAAAGAGGAACUCAUUGAUGAGGACGAACUAAUCGAUAGCCAUGGCAAUGGACUCAAGCCCGUGGUUGGUGCUGGAAAGAUCAAAGGCAAACAGAAGCCGGACGAGAUACCCGAGAUUGUGGUGAAGCAUGAGAAGAUCAAUCCCAUGUUUGAUACCACGGACAGAUUGGAGAAGGGCAAUAAGACGGAGAUACCCGAAUGUGAGUGCUUCCAGUCCGAUAAGAAUCCGCCAGAACCGGGCACCUACUACACGCAUCUGGGCACGGCUUCCUCUCUAAUGGAACUGCGUCGUGAGUUUGAGGAGCGAUGCAAUCUCACAGGUCGCCAGCUACGAAUCGAGAAGAUUGUCUACACGGGAAAGGAGGGCAAGACCUCGCAGGGAUGUCCCGUGGCGAAAUGGGUUAUACGAAGGGCUGAUCUCGAAGAGAAGAUUCUGGUGGUGGUAAAGAAACGACCAGGUCACAGAUGCAUAGCUGCUUACAUAGUGGUCUGCAUGGUGGCCUGGGAUGGAAUGCCACGCUUGGAGGCGGACAAUGCCUACAAGAAUCUGAUACCGAAGCUCAAUAAAUACGGUCUGCCCACCACGCGAAGAUGUGCCACGAAUGAGAAUCGCACCUGUGCCUGCCAAGGACUCGAUCCGGAAUCAUCUGGCGCCUCGUACAGCUUCGGUUGCUCCUGGUCAAUGUACUACAAUGGCUGCAAAUAUGCCCGAUCCAAGACGGUGCGCAAGUUCCGGCUGUCGGUUAAGAGCGAGGAGGCAGCCAUCGAGGAUCAUAUGAACCUUAUUGCCACCUUGCUGGCGCCCGUGUUUAAACAGGUGUGUCCACGCUCCUACGACAAUCAGACCAAGUACGAACACGAGGCCUCCGACUGUCGACUGGGUCUGGAGCCUGGUAAACCCUUUUCCGGAGUCACAGCCUGCCUGGAUUUCUGUGCCCACUCGCAUCGCGAUCUACACAACAUGCAGGACGGUUGUACGGUUCAUGUGGCUCUAUUAAAGCCAGGGAAUCGGGAUACCCGCCUGCCCGACGACGAACAAUUCCAUGUCCUGCCUCUGUACACGAUGGACGGAACGGAUGAGUUUGAAAGUGUCGAGGGGCAGAGGGACAAGCACCGCACCGGAGCGGUGCAAAUGCUGGACAAAUUCCCCUGCGAAGUACGAGUGCGAUCGACCCCGCUGAUACCCUGUCGAAGGCAUGGCAAGAAGCGAAAGGACGGUGAUGAUGCGGCGCCGCCGGACGGUGACCAGGAUGCCGUGGGCGAUGGCAACAGCCAGAGCAGCUCCAGCAAUGGAGCUCAAUCGCAAACGCAGGCCAACAGCAGCAGCAGCCAACAGAGUAGUCCACCUGCCCUGGGCGGAGCUCACAUCAAGAAGGAGAACGCCAAUGGCAACGCCGGAGUGGCGGCCAAUGGAGCGAGUGGCAAGGCAAAGGCCAAGGGCAAGUCCAGUCAGUCGAAUAACUCCAGUGCUUCCACGCCGGGAUCGGCGCCACCCUCAACGCCUUCGCCACGGUGCCAGACCCCAGUGACGAAUAAUCCCAGUCCGGCGGGCAGUGCUUUCAGUACGCCGCCAGUUCAUGCUGGCAAUGCCAAUCCCAACACCAAUCCCAAUGCCAAUCCUCAGAGCAACGGUGGCCAGACGCCCGGUCAGCCUGGCCAGCUAAUGAGCUCGAAUUCGAGUCUCAUGAACAUGGCCACCAUGAUAGACACCUUCACGGACGCCCAGCUGCAGUCCAACCAGAUCUCGAGUACCGUCCUGGACUCACCCUACUCGUAUGACUACCAGACGGGCUCCUAUAUCGACUCCAGGAACUACUACGGCAACUGGCCAACGCCACAUGCUCCCAUGGGCAUGCAGGCGCAGGUGGGUGCCGCCGGUGGUGUGGCAGGAGCAGGAGCAGGAGCAGCGGGCGUGGGAGCACCGCCACUGACACCAACAACGCCUACGGCACAGCCUCAACUGGGAGGACCACCUGGAGGAGGAGGAGGAGGAUCAGCAAUUCCAGCAGGAGGAGGAACUUCAGUGGGAGCCCCACCAGGAGCCAUUCCCCAAGUAUUCCCUCCAGUCACGCCCACGCAGCUAGAGACAAGCAAUGGCUAUGGCCCCGCCAGCUAUCAGACAUUAGUUGGUGGAAAUCCCUCCGGAAACCUAAGCAAUCCAGGUGGCGUAGCCACCGAGGUGCAGCAGCAACAGCAGCAGCAACUCCAGCAGGCGCAGCAACAGCUGCAACAGCAGCAGGGACCUGGUGCCACACUCGUGCCCGGUGGUGGCCUUCCCGGUGACCUUAAGAGCCGCCUGAUCAGCGGAGAAGAAAAUCCCGAUUCAACCACUCUGGUGAAUCACCAUCACACCGCUCACCAUCCCAAUCUGACGGAAAGCAAACUGACCGCUUUGACGGCCAUGCAGCCGAUGAGCGCAAUGACACCGCUGACCACCUCGCAUCACCAUCCGCAGGAGGGAUUCGUGAAGCCCAAGCCACCGCCCAGCGACUACACGGCCCAGUACACGGCGCAGUAUCCAAAUAACUACCAGAUGUACCCGCCACCACCGCCGCCGCCACACUCGGCGUACUCCGCCUACGAUGCGUAUCAGAAUAUGAACUAUAACUAUGGAUACCAUCACCAGGCAUACUCACCCUACGGUAUGUAUCCGCAGCAGACGCCACCGCCCACGCCGCCACCUCCGUCACCCAACUGGAACAUGUAUGGGCAUCAUCAGACGGCAGGUUCUGGCUAUGGCGGUUCGGGAGGAGCUCCUGGUGGAGCCAGUGCGGGUUCUCUGAUCGCCUCCCAUGGAUCAGUGGCUCCUGCAGCGGGUGUGGGCCUGCAAAAGCCCAGUAUACCGGCACCUUCUCCAUUGCAUCAUCAGCAGCAGGUUCAGCAGCAGCAACAGGUGCAACAGCAACAGCAGCAAGAAGCCCCGCAGACAAUAUUACCCGACUUGAGCAAUGGCCAAAGCAGCGGCGAUAACGUAGUUACACCCACACCUGCGGGUGAAGCGCCCAAUAGCGAUGCGGGCACAGGAUCAGGUGCUCCGUCAUCCGGAGCAACGGCAACGGCGCCGCCUGCCGGUUCUCCGGGCAGUACGAACACCAGCAAGAUCGAACCCAUCGGCGAGGUGGCCGAGAUCAAUGAGAAUAUCGAGGCUUUCCAGGAUCCACAGAUGGGUGGCGUGGCCAUAGCUCUGAAUCAUGGCAGUGUGCUAAUUGAGUGUGCCAAGCACGAGAUGCAUGCCACGACGGCGGUGCGUAGGCCAGAUCGGCAUCAUCCCACACGGAUGACCCUGAUCUUCUACCAACACCGAAACCUCAACAGAUCGCGCCACGGCAUCGAUGAGUGGGAGGAGAAGAUGCGGGUGAAGAAGAUCAACACGGAUCUGGACAACAAAGCCAAAGAGGAGCGCGAACGAUUGAUUAAGAAGGCAGCUGGCGAGGAUCUGGAUGAUCUCGAUGAGGAUGCCAUGAUGCAGGACGAACUGGCCUCGCCAGUGGUCAAAAAGGAAUCCUCCACAUCCGCGGCCAAUGGACAGCAGAUGAAGAACGGAGCCAGUGGCAGUAAAAAAAAGAAGGGAAGCUCAGACUCAAAGAAGUCGCAAUCGCAAUCCAGUGAGCAGUCAAAAAACGAGAAGGUUGCCCUCCACGCACCAACACUGACGACUACGUCGUGGACGACCCUGUUCCCCAUGCAUCCGUGCGUGGUUACGGGGACCUAUCCGGAGGGCAAUAGCAGUCCGACCUCGUCCACGAACGCUCCCAACGGUGGUGGCCCGCCGCCAUGUCCGCCUGGCAAUGGGCCAGUCCCGCCGCCCAUCACCACUGGUCCAGGAGCACCGCCCAUCCCGCAGCAACAGCAACAGCAGCAGCAGCAGCCAAUGCAGCAGCAGCAGACCUGAAUCUGCUCCGCCUGAGGAGCUACUACUGGUAACUGGAAGCUCCCUAAAGGUAGCGCUAAUCAUAAGCAUUCACACUAACUCAGCCCUGUUUUUGGCUUUCAAUUCCGACCUGAAUGGGUGGAAAAACAUUUUUAAUAAUUUUGAAAAUCAAAUUAUUCAAGUUUAUUUAAUAUGUUUGAGGUUUUGUUGGUAAAGAUUUAGAAGACUUUAAAACUACAUAAAGCCAAAAAGUAAAUAUUAAAGUAAUUAAAGUUGUUCCAAUAUUCCAAAUCCCCUAAAUUUUUAUCGAAAUGGAAACUAGGAACAGGGCUGUAUGACUGAAUAUUCACAAAGCAAAGAAAUGAAACGGUGGCCGGAGAAUUAAUUAUUUUUGUAAACGCAUCUGAUUUCGUGUGCCAUAGGAGAUGAGGAAGAAAAGUCCCUAAAAAAAUAAGAAAGAGUUGCAGUCGAAAAAUAAGAGUUGAUGUUGCCAGGCCAGAUUUGUCACCAUUCCACAGAAAAAAAGAAGCAAAAACAAUUAACUCUCUAUACGAAAACACAGCAAAAAUCACUCAAAAAUAACAAGUUUCUAAACUGAUAAAUGCAGCUAGUUUAAAUAUCAACUAUUAACUUUAGUUUCUUAAGACAAUUUCUGUUAAAUGAGUUAUUUUUUACAAAACAAAAAUCACUACGAGCAAACAAAAAACUACAGAACA